UAAAUUUAAUAUCACAUUUAAUGUAUAGAUUUUUUGCACAUGUUUGCAUGUCACAUGACAUACACAUCGUACGUUCUAAUAACUUAUGCGUUUCUACUUCCUACUACUUACUUCCUAUAGACUUUUACUUGCUUCAAAAUUAAUUAUUCGUCACGGUUCUAUAUAUGGAUUUGGAAGUUUUUAUAAGAUUACGUUAAUACAAAAAAAAAUAUUCUGUACCCACCCUAGAAUGCCGAAAUAUCAAGUUAAGAUAGGUAUUAUUGGAGGGUCAGGACUUGAUGAUCCAAAUAAGCCAAUAUUUAGUUAUCGUUCUGAAACUAAACGUGAAAAUGCAACAAAUGAAUUUGGAAUACCAUCAAGUAACCUAUAUCAUGGAACUAUUUCUGGAGUAGAUGUAGUUUUAUUAUCUAGACAUGGAUCAGGUCAUAUUAUAAAUCCAAGUAAUAUAAAUUAUCGUGCAAAUAUUGAAGCUUUAAAACUUGCUGGAUGUACUCAUAUUCUUGCAUCAAUAGCUUGUGGUUCAUUAACAGAAUCUAUAGGCAGAGGACAAUUAGUUAUACCAGAUAGUUUUCUGGAUAGAACAAUUAAGAGACAUAGUACUUUCUUUGAUGGUACUUCUAAUAAAUAUUCAGGCGUAUGCCACAUGCCAAUGGAACCAGCAUUUGAUCCACAUACUUCAAAGGUUUUAUUACAAGCUGCAAAGGAUCUUUGCUUAGAAGUAAGAGAAGGUGCAACAGUAGUAGCAAUAGAAGGGCCACGAUUUUCUUCUAAAGCUGAAAGCAAUGCAUUUCGUGUUUGGGGAGGACAUUUAAUUAAUAUGACUAUUUGUCCAGAAGUCUAUUUAGCAAAAGAAGCAGGCUUAUUAUAUGCAGCUAUAGCAAUGGCAACAGAUUAUGACUGCUGGAAAGAAUAUGAAGAAAAUGUAAAUGCAGCUGAUGUUUUAGUAGUGUUUCAACAAAAUAUUAGUAAUGUAACAGAUUUGUUUAUACGAACAAUAGAAUUAAUAGGGGUAGAAAAUUGGGAUCAAGAUAUUAAAAAUUUGCAGGAACUCAUUAAAAGCAGUAAUGUAUCACGUAAUGUUUCAUGUUGAAAAAGAAAAAAAAAAGAGGUCAAAUGGAUACAAUUUUCUGAAGAAAUUAUGUUAACAAAAUAUAUUUUAUAAUUGAAAAUAUUGAUUUCUUUAAGUAUUUAUAUUUAUUUCUAUUUGAUCCAAGAACUUAAUAAUAUUCAUAGAACACUUUUUAUUUCUAAUAAAUAUGUUAAUGAUUAAAAUGAAAUUUGUUAUUUAUUAUAACAAAUCUAUUUGUAUUAUCAAUAAACAUUAAGUAACUAUUCAA